AUGGCGCAGCACAAGCAGAGCGGCGCCUGGUACCACGGCGAAUGCCGCGUAAUCCGACAUGGCGAAGGCACCGCCCACCACAGCGGCGCGGGCGCCGUGGUCAGCGGCCUCUGGGAGCACAACGUCUACAAGGGUCCCAAGGCCAAGGCCUCUUCCUCCCUCUACUCGUCAUCGUCAUCAUCAUCGACAGCAUCAUCGUCGCUAUUCUCCUCUUCAUCUUUCCACCAUCUGCCCCUCUCCUCGGCCGACAUCAGAGAGCUGCCCGAGGACGAGGGCAUCGUGUCGCCGCCCCUGUCGCCCCCGCGUUCUGGGCCUUCGUCCACGUCCCACAUGACCUCGGCCUCGACAUCGUUCGCCACGUUCGCGAGUAGCGCCUCCCCCUCCUCCUCGUCCAGCUCUACACACCACCUGGCGGUGGCCACCACAAGCGAACCGCGUAGCGCCUCCUCCUCCUCGGCGGCGGAGGGCGUAGCGCGGCUCUCGCGGCUCCUCCCGCUGGGCUCCACCAUCCACGAGUUCUUCUUCCCCGACGAGCUCCUCCUCUACGUCUUCAGCUUCCUCGACAUCCAGUCCCUCUGCACCUGCGCCCAGGUGUCGACCGACUGGCGACGCCUCACCAACGACGCCGUGCUAUGGACGGACCUGCACAUCCGCAUGCAGUGGGGGCUGCCGGAUGAGAAGGAGGAGGGCGCGACGCGCGACUGGCGCGAGAUCGUGAAGGGGCGCUACCUCCUCGAACGCAACUGGCUCAACGGUCACUACCACAUGAGCACCCUCCGCGGCCACACGGGCUGGGUCACGUGCGUCGAUUUCUACGCCAACAAGCUGGUGAGCUCAAGCUACGACGGGACCGUGAGGAUCUGGAACACGCAAACAGGCAACAUGCUGCAGACUCUCAAGAACGAGUCCAACGGCGUCCUCUCGCCCGUGUGGUGCCUCCAGUUCGACAAGAACCGCAUCAUGACCGGCUCCUCGGACUCCAAGCUGCGCGAGUUCGAUCCCAACACCGGUCAGUGCACGCAGGUGAUCGGCGGGCACGACGGCGGCGUCAAGUGCCUCCAAUUCACCUCGGAGCUGCUCGUCACCGGCAGCGACGACAAGACCAUCAAGAUAUUCGACGACGAUGUCCUAUGCACGGCCUCGAAGCGGGAGAAGGCCAUCUACACGUUCGACCUCCGGCGGUCCAACCACUACCAGCGCGUGCUGGAGGCCCACUCCAAAGCCGUGUACUGUCUGCAGUUCGAUCUCGCGACCAACAGGCUGGUGAGCGGCGCGAGAGACAGACAGAUAUUUGUGUGGGAUUUCGAGAAGGGCGAGGUCAUCAAAAAGCUGAGCGGCCACCGAUAUACGGUCAUGAACCUACGGUUCGACAACAACAAGAUCGUGUCCGGGGCAGCCGAUGACAGCCUGCGAAUAUGGGACAUGCACUCGGGGGAGUGCAUCCAAAUACUCCAGGGGCACACGGAAAUGGUGACAUCGCUCAAGUUCGACGCCAGCAAGAUCGUGUCAGGCAGUGCGGAUCGCACGUGCAUAGUGUGGGACUUCCUGCGAGGCCGGCCAGAGGACCGCGGCUUCUCCUUCUUUGGCUACUGA